UGAAUAUUUCAGCCUCCCUUAAUAAACUAAAAGAAGAAGGCCAUGCGUGUAAAGGAUCAAGCCAAAAAGUUUUUUUACAGAUGCUGUUAAUAAAUUAUUACUAAGUAUCGUCAUUAAGUUGAAUAAAUUGGGUGUAAGAAAGAAAACACAGAUAUACAAUCAUCUCUCACAACAUUUGCCAUGCGGUACCCAGACAAUUGUUAAACGAGCAAAAAAUCUCCUCACUGAGAAACAGGAAAUUAGAAUACGGGAACCCCUCUAUAGAUUAAAGCUAGCAAUAAAUUCAGUGAUGCCUUCAUUGAUAGAACAGCAUGCCCUUGAAUGUCAGAAGGCUGUUGAAUCUAAGGGUGAAAAUGGAGGUGCUCCUGUGGAAGAUGAAGAAGAAGAUGGUGAUAAGAAAAAAUGUAAACUUCCUAAGAAGAAAUUUGUUUUCAAUGAUGAAAUCAGGAGUUGCUUGUGUAAUGUUGUCAGAGUUCGGGUUCAGUUUUGGCACUUGAUCAGGAAGCGAUGUGAAUCUCCCGAGGAACACAUACGAAUGUUCCUUGAUAGUGAAGUACGACCCUUGUGGCCCAAAGGCUGGAUGAAUUCCAGGAUACUUUACAAAGAAAGCUACUCAGAACAUGCUGUACUUACGUGA